AUGAAGAACGAAGAUGCGCUGCUCGGCGCCUGCCUGCACGCCUUGCGCGCUCUCCUGACAAGACCACUGCGAGCGCACACGCGCGCUCACUUCAAACACACAAGUACCGCUCUCUGUUGUGCGAACGAAAAAAGGAGAGAUCCUAAUUUACCGACUGCCCACCCACUUACCCACUGCGUGCACUUGCCCGCCUGCAUGAGAUGGUAUGGCGAGUCCGCCCUUCACCACCAAAACAAUCACUCGUCCACCUACUCCCUCAGAUCCCCAAUUCGUUCUAUUCUAUUUUCACUUUUAGACAGACACUUCAACGCCACAGAGGGUCAGUCGCUCAGCGGGUCCGCCGGCUUUCCGGAACAGGUGGGCAAUCGACCACCUUCGGCUGACUCGCGGAAAAUGGACGCUUUCCAUCGCGGUGUGAAGGAGGCUCCGCGUUCGUCGCCUUCUAACAGCUCUGAGGGCGGAGUGUCAACACAACCGCAACAAUCGCAACAGGCAUCGCUACCACCACCUCCGAUGCUAUCAGAAGAGCAUCAUUUACAACACGAGGCGUAUGAAGGCAGCUCAAACAUUCCUACCACCUGCACCCAGUCUUCGAAUCCUCAGAUGUCUGGACUCUUCAGCAUUCGUCGAGCUGUUGGUUUAUCGCGUACGAAUCUCCCCUUUCCAGCGAGGAAGCGACUAUUCAGUUGGUUAGUAGACCAUCUCCGAGAACCCUAUCCUUCUGAAGAGGAGAAAAUGAUGCUUGCGAUGGAGACCGGGCUCUCCCGAACCACUGUCAAUAAUUGGUUCAUCAACGCACGUCGGCGUUAUGUGAAACCACUGAUGCAGGGUCGACUUGUUCUCCAAUCAGGUGUUUUCAAAACUGUCUCAGGGGAUGGCGCAUCUUCUGCGAAAUCGCCAAAUUCACCGACUCAAUCGUCUGGAGUUCCCAUUGCUGCUGGAGCGUCAUCAUCUUCCAAUUUCCACAACUCCGAUACCACAGCGGGUCAGUUUUCGUCCCAAUUCGCUGCGGCUUCGAGGCUGAACCUUCAUCAAGAUGGUGUGUUUCCAGCUCCACCUCCACCACCACCGCAUAUGGGGGGAGUGAGCAGCAGUUCUGCGCUGUCUGCAAUGGCAGCAGCCGCUGUGGCAUUUGCUGGAGGCCCUCGUUCUUUCGCAGACAAUGGAGGAGAUUUAAAACUCACUUCUCCACGUCCUGCUCAUUUGCCAUGGCAAACGAUUCCAGGCCUGGAUAUGGGCAGCCCAAAACGUUGUCGCAGAACCUCUGAUCUUUCCUCAUCGUCCUCUCCGGCAGAAACAACGUCAAGGUAUCCGCAGAAAUCUGCUGGCCAUGAAAAACCAACCCUCAAGGGAGAGGUCUCCUGUGAAUAG